CUUGGAGAAGCAGCACCGCCAUAAUAUAAAAAACUUCCCUGCCCUGCCGUUGGAAUGGGCUCAGAUCCGGGCAGCCGCAGCCCCUCUCCUACCAUUUAAGGAGGGAAAAAAAUCCUGAGAUUCGCUCGUUUCUGGACAUCUCUGUGAUAAAGUAUCAGUUCCAAACCCCCAUUACUCCUGCUCGCCCAUAUACCGAAUUUUUGGUUAGCCAUGACUGCUCGCGAAUAUUACGGGGACAACACCCCCAAUCAACCGCCCAUGGCAUCUGGCUAUACCCCUCAAUAUCCCCCACAUGGGCAGCCUAUGUAUCCGAAUCCCCAGUCGUCCUCCCCAGUACCACCAUAUCAAUACGCGUAUGGGGAGCCCCAGUUUGGCCAGCAGCAACCCCCUCCCUACCAGCAGCCCCAAGCCCCGUAUCCGUAUACCGCACCUCCCAAUGCUGAAGUCUCAUCCACGGAUAACCGGGGCAUUCUUGGAGCCGUGGCAGGAGGAGCCGUGGGCGGCUAUGCUGGCCACCAAGUCCACCACGGCAUUCUGGGCACUAUCGGCGGCGCUAUCACCGGUUCUAUAGCCGAGGACGCCAUCAAGGACAGGAAGCACAAGAAACAGGAAAACGAGAUCAAACGAAAGGAACACCACCAGAAUCCCCCUCCAUACUCAUCCCCGUCGUCGGAUCAUCAUGAUCGCCGCCAAACGGCCACCCCGCUGUACGGGAACUUCUCGGCCUCUUCGGUGAAUAUUGCGCUGCGAGACCACUGUGAAUUGACUGCUUCUUGCCGCGAACUCUCCGGCCAUCGUAAUGAAUCGCGAAUUUCGCUCAAUAAUGUUUUGGAGAAUCAGCGUGGUCACUUUAAGUGGGUUCGUGGGGGGAACUUUCGGGCUUCCGCUCGCAACGUUCGUCUGGUUGAGGGAGGAAGGGUACUAGAGGCCGAAUUAGCGGACGGCUAUGGGGGAUGGAAUCGGGACCGGGUGCGAUUGGAUGAGAUGAUCUCCAAUCAGAAUGGAAAUCUGGUGUUUCUGGACUAAUGCAGGCUUGGUCAAAGGACGGGAAGAUUCUGUAUCUCUCCCUUUAUAUAACUAUGGGUUAUCCGGGUAUUGAUUACUUACAAUCUAUGCAACUGACAUACUGUUGUACCUAUUUAAAUCUCCUUAAGGGGUCUAUUCUCAUGGGAUAAUUGUAGAGAUCAAACCACCUACCCGCAAGACCCGUUUAACUAGUUAAUACCUGGGGAUUUGUCUCUAGGAUGGGAAUUUUACUGUAGAAUUAACCCCCGAAUAUCUCAACACCAGACCACGGAACAGC